AUGUCACGACAAGCUGUUGGUUGGUUAAGUUCAAAACUCGGUAUCAACAUUGAUGGGCGAACGGAUGCCGAGGAAAAGAACUCAGCAUCUUCCUCUCAUAUGACGGGUCCUGCCUCUACACUUGACAUGUGUUUACACAAAAUCAAUAAUGCCGUUUUUGGUCGUGAUAUCGAUACCACUUCUUCAUCCUUUGCGGCGGCGGUUGGUUUAGAAGGUGGGAGUAGUGCGAAUGACAACACAGGCGUUGGUGUAAUGACUGGAAGGGGUGGAGGAGAGGAGGUGGAACUUGACGAGAAUGGCCUACCGGUAUCGAAAAACUGGUACUACUUUGAUAAGGAACUGAAUCGCUGGAAUGUAAGCCCAGACGCCCCACCGCAUAUUAAAGAAGAAUAUGAACGGAGACUAAAAGAGGAAGAAGAUGAGCGGGAGGGACGUAAUGUGAUUCCACCUCCUCCACCCCCUCCUUCUUCACUCUCCCCGUCAACCAACACCACCACAGGAGGAGUAGGAAGAGGAAUAGGAUCGAUGCCAUCCACAGCGCCUUCCUUAUAUCCUAGCAGUAGUUUACCAUCCGGUGGGAUACCACAACAGGGUAUUCAUCCGCAAGGACUGUUUGGGGCGCGGGGAACACUGGGCGGAACGCAACACGGUCCACAGUAUGCUGUGCCAAGUUACUUUAAUACAAUUGAGACCUCAACCAACACUUUGGAAACACAGCAACAGAUGCCAUCGAUGCCUAUGCAAACUCAACAGCCUCAACAUAUGCCAUAUCAGCAUCCUAUACAGCAUAACAGUUUUCAACAACAACAACAACAACAACAACAACAACAACAACAACAACAACAACAACAACAACAACAGCAUUUGUAUCCUCAUCAACAAGUUCAAUUUCCGCCGCCGCCUCAAGAGCAUCAGAAUCAACAGCAACAACAACCGCAGUAUCAUCAUCAUUUAGAAUCUCAUCAGACACAAGUUCUGCCGCCCCCACACCACCACCACCAACAACAACAACAACAACAGUUUCCAACAUCGGGAUAUCUCCCAGGGGUACAAGGUGCAGGCUCUCAUGUGUCCCAAUAUCCCCCGUUUCAGGGCCAGCAGGAUCUCCAUUCAUUGCGAUGA